AUGUACAAGGCUCAGUUCAUUCUCUUGGCGCUGGCGGUGGCGGGCGCCCACGCCGGUUACGGUGACUACAGCGGCGGCCUGGGCGGCGGCUACGGCAGCCUGGGCGCCUCGGAGGGCGGCAGCGGGGGCCUUGGCGGUGGCUACGGCGGCCACGGAGGCUACUCGGGCAAGUCCUACGCCGUCUUCCAGGGCCCCGUCGAGGGCCACGCCCAGGAGAUUCGCGGCACGGUCGCCGACAAGCAUGGCAAACACGUCGAGUUCGUGGAUUACGUGGCCUACCCGAAGUACAAAUACGAGUACGGCGUUGAGGACCACCACACCGGCGACCAGCACGGCCAGGUGGAGCACCGCGACGGCGACCGCGUGGAGGGCCAGUACACCCUGAAGGAGCCCGGCGGCGUGCUGCGCACCGUCAAAUACAUCUCCGACAAGAAGGGCGGCUUCCUCGCUGACGUGGAGAACCACGGCCACAACGAGCACGUCUACGUCCUCAAGGACAAGCACGGCCACGGCCACCAGCAGGUCAAGGCCACCUCCUACGUCAACUUCCACGGCCCCGUCGUCGGCGACGCGCAAGAGAUCACCGUCUCCCAGGGCCACGGCCACUACGGUUAUUGAUUUGGUUUAAUCAGUGUUCACUGGUCAUUGUGAAUGUUCUCAUGCCAUCAUAUUUUUAUGUCAUCUGCUGUUAAGUUUCGUGUUCUCUGUUGUGUUUUGCCUUCAGUGUUUUUAUAUACUUUUGAAUAAAUAGAGCCAGUUUUUU